GAUACAUUUAAGGAUUGUGGGUUAAUUCAUCCGCCAUAAUAUUUACUUUUCUCGCGCCAUAAUUUUUGCCAUUUUAUUAGCUAAAUCUACAGGUGAUGCAGUGUUUGUGCGUUUUUGCAUAAACAUAUGUAAUCUAGUCAUAAUCAUAUUCAAUUGGGGUAUUGGCAACCAGAAUAGACAUUAUGUUAAUAAUUCCCAGUGAAUGAUUGUCACACUCUCCUACUGUAUGCCUCCUCGAAAUAUUAGCUGCCAGUGCGGUUGUUCGAUGAUUUGCCUCUGCAAGGACAGCAUGAGUAGUUCUGUCACAGCCAUGUGAGUUUAGUGGCGCGAUUCGCAUUUUCAUUUUGGAGGGCUUCAAGGAAGAGCACCCGACCAACCCCAUCCCCACCGGAGCACAAAUACAAAUCCGUAUCUUCGCAUAUCAAGCCUCGUUAUCAACUAUUUUCAACCGUUUGCCAGGCGUUGUCUGGGAUGCCCGGUGACUUCUUGGCGUUUUUUAAUUACCGGUUACUGUAUAACAGUGGUCUCGGAACUGUCACAUAGUCUAGGCUAUCAUAGGAGGCACAUUUGGUCUGUCAUGCAAUGGAGGCUCGGAUUUUUACCCUGUAUUUACUUACCAUCGUCUGCUUGUUUCACGUGUCUCUACAGGGACAGCACCAGCGCAGACUGUACAAGGACCUGAUGCGAAACUACAACCCUCUGGAGCGUCCCGUGUUCAAUGACUCCCACUCGCUCACCGUACACUUCAGCUUCAGCCUCAUGCAGAUCAUGGAUGUGGAUGAGAAGAACCAGGUCCUGACGACCAACAUCUGGUUACAGCUGUACUGGACUGACUACUACCUGCAGUGGAACACCACAGACUACCCUGGAGUUACCAAUGUCAGGUUCCCUGACACCCAGAUAUGGAGGCCUGACAUUCUCCUCUACAACAGCGCUGACGAGAGGUUUGACGCCACCUUCCACACCAACGUCCUAGUCAACUCCACUGGCUACUGCCAGUAUCUCCCCCCAGGAAUCUUCAAGAGCACAUGCUACAUCGACGUGCGCUGGUUUCCCUUCGAUGUCCAGCGCUGUGAUCUCAAGUUUGGCUCGUGGACGUACGGGGGCUGGUCUUUAGACCUGCAGAUGAUAGAGGCGGAUGUGACUGGAUACAUUGCUAAUGGAGAGUGGGACCUUGUGGAGGUCCCCGGACGGAGGAACGAGCGUUUCUAUGACUGCUGUAAGGAGCCUUACCCUGACGUGACCUUCACGGUGGUGAUGCGUAGACGCACCCUCUACUACGGCCUCAACCUGCUCAUCCCCUGUGUCCUCAUCUCCACCCUGGCCCUGCUCGUCUUCCUGCUGCCCGCGGACUCCGGAGAGAAGAUCUCACUGGGUAUUACUGUGCUGCUCUCUCUAACUGUCUUCAUGCUCUUGGUAGCUGAAAUCAUGCCGGCCACCUCCGACUCUGUUCCUCUCAUAGCCCAGUACUUUGCCACCACCAUGGUCAUCGUGGGCCUGUCCGUCAUCGCCACUGUCCUGGUCCUCCAGUACCACCAUCAUGACCCGGACGGAGCCAAAAUGCCAAAGUGGACACGUGUGGUGCUCCUGAACUGGUGCGCCUGGUUCCUGCGUAUGAAGCGGCCCGGCGAGGAGCGUGUGCGUCUGGCCUGCCACAACAAGCACCCGCGCAACAGCCUCUCCAGUGUGGAGCUCAGUAUGAGCCAGGGGACCCUCCAGCCCACCAAUGGCAACAUGCUCUACAUCGGCUUCCGGGGCAUGGAGGGCAUGCACUACACCACCACCCCCGACUCAGGCGUCAUCUGCUCCAGGCUGGUGGGGGCAGGGGACGAGGAGGUGCUGCUACCCGGGGCCGGGCUGCCCAACUUGGGCAGCGUGGCAGGCGGCACCGGGGUGGGGGUGGCGAGCCCCGUGGACUCCGACAUGUCCAAGAUCCUGGAGGAGGUGCGCUACAUCGCCAAGCGCUUCCGGGGCCAGGACGAGGACGAGUCGCUGUGCAAUGAGUGGAAGUUUGCGGCAUCUGUGAUUGACCGGCUGUGCCUGAUGGCGUUCUCUGUGUUCACCAUCCUCUGCACCAUCGGCAUCCUCAUGUCAGCGCCAAACUUCGUGGAGGCCAUCUCCAAAGACUUCUUCACCUGAGCGGGCUGUGUUGUGUUGGAGGAUGGGAGGGAUGGAGUCACUUGUGUGUGUGUGUGUGUGUGUGUGUGUGUGUGUGUGUGUGUGUGUGUGUGUGUGUGUGUGUGUGUGUGUGUGUGUGUGUGUGUGUGAGGGAGGGGGUGGGGGUGUACAUAUAUGCGCACACACAAGCACACACGCGUACAGUCACACACACACACACACACACACACACACACACACACACACACACACACACACACACACACACACACACAUUCCCACCUGCACUCACACACAUGUAUUGUAUACUGUUUAUAUCCCAAACACAUCUUUACCUAUGACUUAUAUAAGCUGACUACCCCACUCUUCAGUAUUUUCACAUUUUUCACAUACGUUACUGUAUUUAGAGUGGCUAUUAUAAUGGCACAACUUAUAGCAAUACAAAUGUGUUCAUCCUAUGUGGUGUGAAUCUGUGAUCAAUUGAGGUCUUCAUCAACAAUGACUGUGUAUAUAUUAAGUAGCACAUUGGGGAUGUUCCAGAAAGCAGGAUCAUUGAGUUAACCAGCUAGCUAACUGAAAUCCAUAUUUUUGAGAAAUAUACACUUGAAAUUGGCAUUGUAUAUAUUAAUCAACAAUCAAAAAACGCAUAUUCAAGCUGAGCUAAAUUAAACAGAAAUUCAAGAGAUAUAUAUGGUUGUUAAUAUGUUAGCUAGAUAACUUAAGGAUUUAUUUUAUUUUAUCACAGGCUAUUGGAAGAAUACAUGGGUCAAAAUGUUUGUUCCAAAAAAGAUUGGUGUUUGUAGUGUUCAUUCAUGUACAGUACAUGUAAAAUGGAAAAAGUACUUUCCAUUGUUUAUGCCUUUCAAAGGAAAUCUCUGUAACGUUCAUGCUGAGUUUCUCUCAAUCUAAAGCUCGUUCCAUAGAUUUGCUCGAGUGAAUUGAAGAGACUGCCCCAAUUGCAAAAUGUAGAUCAUUUCUGUUUUCUUUCCUUCUGCAUUAUACGUUCAAUUCCCAAGAGAACAGCCAUGCCAGUAAUACUUCUAACAUAGUGUGUUGGACUUGUGAUUUUUGUGCUAUUUAUUCUUUGUUUCACAAUUGCACUGCUUUGUGUCACUGACCCAUUUGACAUGCAUGGAACCUAUGACAUUUGACGUAAGUGUUUGGACGAAAAGCGUAUAAUGAGGGAGUUCAGGUGCAGUGGAGUGCAGUGAUCCCUAGUGUCACCCUGGAAUGAAGGACAAGUUCUGCUCGAAUACUUCAGGUGUGUAUUCACCAGGAACCAAACGGGAAGGCUUUAACUAAAUGUGUCCAAUAGAAACUCUUGUUUUCAUUGGCAACCGUUUUUCCAUUGCCAAACGUUUUGCAGCAGUUUGCUACGUUGUGCAGUAAUGAAUACACCCCCAGGUGAUAGCUCAAUCUCUUUCAAAAUGGUUUCAUACCUUCUGAAUAUGACCCUGGCUUAGGUUUUCCAUCGCCCUCUGUUCUCCUCAACUGUUCCUCUGUACUGUAAAAGCAAUAUGGGAGCCUAGCGCUCUUCCCGUCCACCUUUAUCAUUUAACCCUUAACCUUUGUCAUUUAUGUGCACUUGUAUCCAUGCCCAGAAUACAUUUUGAUCCAUGCACAAAAAUAAAUGUAUUUUUCUAGAUGUCA